AUGAGUGAUUCAGACGAUCAAGAGGAGAGAGAUAACUUGGCCGCGAGAGAGAUCGCGCUGGCCGAGCAGCACGAAGAUCCGCCGGAUCCGAAUGCCGCGCACAUCGCGCCAAUGAUGGAGAGCGACACAAUGAAGAAUGCAGGAGGUGCGCCCAAGGAGUACUUAAAGUGCAAACUAUUCUCUUUCACUUUGACAGGGAAGGCUUUGCGCUGGGUUAAGUCUCUUCCAGCUCAAUCCAUAACCACAUGGAAAGAGUACAAGGUGGCAUUCCUAGGUCACUUUUUCACAAAGCAAAGAGCAAACUUGUUGAGAGAAAAGAUCUCUAGUUUCCAACAAGGGCCGGUGGAGCCUUUUCAUGAAGCAUUGGAGCGCUUUAAGGACUAUACAAGAGAGUGUCCUAAUCAUGGACUAUCUGAUGGCAGUCUAUGGAACAUUUUCUACAGAGGAAUAAGUGGGAAGUGUCGAUUUUCUCUUGAUACAGCCAGCAAUGGAAAUUUCAUGACCAAGACAGUUACUGAAGCAAAGAUUUUGAUUGAAAAUCUAGCCUCAAGCGACAGUGACAACUUCAUUGGGCAUGAGAGAGCAGUGAAGGCCAUAAAUUCUGAUCCAUACAGAGAUGGAUACAGUGAAAUCAAAGCCAUGAUGGCUGAGAUACUGAGAAACCAAGGAAGAGAAGUGGAGAGACAAAGAGAAGCUUAUAGAGUUGAAUCCACAAUAAUUCAAGAUUACUUUGGAGAUUUGAUUCCAAGUUUCCAAGAAGAAGUAAACUUUGUUGGAAUAGAUGGAUCAGCACAUAGAGAAGAAGCUUGGAAAGGAGAGCAUGAUGUUUUUACUCAAGAAUCACCCAAUGAGAAGAGGGAUGUUCAUGGAGGAAGAAAUUAUCAGCAACCACCUCACAAGAGAAGAAUGGAGCCAAGGAGCAACUUUGAAGAUUUGAUAACUUUCAUCAAGAGUUCUCAUAGAGAGCACACAGCCUUGAUUGAUGAGAGAUUGGAGUCAGCUUUCACGAGAUUGAAUGAGAAGUUGGAUUCAAUUUCUUCUUUCACAAGAGACUUGGAUCUUAGAGUUGCCAACAUAGCCAGCUCUAUUAAGAGAGAAGAAGGUGUGCUACCAGGAAAAGUGGAAAUCAAUCCAAGGAGAGCAGCUGUAGCAGCUAUCACUCUUAGGAAUGGAAAAGGAAUAGAACCAGGAACUCAGGAGGAAGUGGAGAAGCCACCUGAAGAACCAAGAGUGUAUGAGCCAAAGAUCCCAUACAGAAAUGUUCUUUCUCAACCCAAGAAGGAGAAGGAGCAAGCAAAGCUCAAGGAUCUUGUUAGCCAACUUUCAGUAAGGUUACCUUUCAUUGAUGCUUGCCAAAUAAUUCCAUCUCUCAGGAAGUAUAUGAAGGCCAUACUCACAAGCAAUGUGAGUCUUGAAGAAGGAGCAAUGAUGAUUACAAAGGAGUGUAGUGCCAUACUUCAGAAUCGCAUGCCAGAGAAGCUGAACGACCCAGGAAUGGCCAAGCUAUUGGGCAUCACUGACUUCAAACCUACAAAGAUCUCUCUAGUCUUUGCAGACAGAUCUGUUCGCCGCCCUGUUGGUGUUAUUAUGGAUGUUCCAAUCAUGGUUGGAGAUUGCUACAUCCCUGCUGAUUUUGUAGUUCUUGAGCUGGAACACCAACCUAAAGACCCUCUUAUCUUGGGAAGGCCAUUCCUAGCUACUGCAGGAGCUAUAAUAGAUGUCAAGAAUGGAAAGAUUGACUUGCAUCUUGGAGAUAUAGUGAUGAAUUUCGAGUAA